GCUGCCGCCAUCUUCCUGGAGGAGAGGACCGGAGGCGGAGGCUCCCGGCCCGUGGUCGCUCCGCACUCUUACCGUGACCUGUCCUACCCCCGCCCGCCUCUCUUCUCCUCAGCGGCCACUUAGCUCCUUGUAAAGAAACGCACUUCAUCCCACUCUACGUACGCACAAAGCAAAACUCACGUUACCUGUUCCCCUCUUAUCAGCGUAAGGAAACCAAGCUCAUAAGAUCAAGAAAACUUCACUGAAGAUGUCUAAGCAACAACCAACUCAGUUUAUAAAUCCAGAAACUCCUGGCUAUGUUGGAUUUGCAAAUCUUCCCAAUCAAGUUCACCGAAAAUCAGUGAAAAAAGGUUUUGAGUUCACACUAAUGGUGGUCGGUGAAUCAGGGCUAGGAAAAUCAACUCUCAUAAACAGCCUGUUCCUGACUGAUCUCUACCCAGAAAGAAUCAUACCCGGAGCUGCAGAGAAAAUUGAAAGAACUGUCCAGAUUGAGGCUUCAACUGUGGAGAUUGAGGAGCGAGGGGUCAAGCUGCGCCUGACAGUGGUGGACACACCUGGCUAUGGGGACGCCAUCAACUGCAGGGAUUGUUUUAAGACCAUCAUCUCCUACAUCGAUGAGCAGUUUGAACGGUACCUGCAUGACGAGAGUGGUUUAAACAGGCGGCACAUCAUCGAUAACAGGGUGCACUGCUGCUUUUACUUUAUCUCACCCUUUGGACAUGGACUCAAGCCUUUAGACGUCGCAUUUAUGAAAGCGAUACACAAUAAGGUGAACAUUGUGCCUGUCAUUGCCAAAGCCGACACCCUCACCCUGAAGGAACGGGAGCGCUUGAAGAAAAGGAUUCUGGAUGAGAUUGAAGAACAUAGCAUCAAAAUCUAUCACUUACCUGAUGCAGAAUCAGAUGAAGAUGAGGACUUUAAAGAGCAGACUAGACUUCUCAAGGCCAGUAUCCCGUUCUCUGUGGUUGGAUCCAAUCAGUUGAUUGAAGCCAAGGGCAAGAAGGUCAGAGGCCGCCUCUACCCAUGGGGCGUUGUGGAGGUGGAGAACCCGGAGCACAACGACUUUCUGAAGCUGCGGACGAUGCUCAUCACCCACAUGCAGGAUCUCCAGGAGGUGACCCAGGACCUUCACUAUGAAAACUUCCGUUCCGAGAGGCUCAAAAGAGGCGGCAGGUUAAAAGUGGAAAACGAUGACAUGAAUAAAGACCAGAUCCUGUUGGAGAAGGAAGCAGAGCUUCGCCGCAUGCAGGAGAUGAUCGCAAGGAUGCAGGCGCAGAUGCAGCUGCAGAUGCAGGGUGGGGACGGCGAUGGUGUGGUCCACGGGCACCAUGUGUAAGAAAAUGCUUUUACAAGAUACAGAAAACAUUCCGCAUGAGUACCACAGCUGCGUGUUUCCAAGAGAUCAUUGGAGGGGUGCCCAUCCACAUUUUACAGUACCUGUGCCUGAGAAUUUAAUUUUUUUUUAAACUUUUGAUGUGUUUUGUAUGAAGUUCUUUUAACAUUUGUAUUUCGUUGCUAUGUUAUACUUUAUAUUCUGUGAGGUGAACCUUCCAUUUUCAUUUUUCUUCCACCUUAACUAACCACUAAUAUUGGAAUUGAUUUCCAGGAUCAGUCAGUAUGUAUAAUUAACAUUGAAUUUCUUUGAUUUGGCUGGCCUAACUGACUAAUUGUUGAGGAGCACUCUUGAUUUCAUUUCUAGAACAUUCGGACGUAGCCAGCAUGUGCCUGGGUGCUAGUGACGUGGACCCAGUGAUACGGAAAGAUGAGCUGGCGUCUGCAGGGCAUUUACCUACCAGGUCACCAAGAUGGAGAUUCUCCAUUGCUUCGCUUUGUUUUGAGCACAACACCUAAAACCAGUUUUGCUGCUAUAAUUCAAUGCUGUUAAUUCAUCUGCACAUUUACUUUUUUACCAAGUAAAACAGUGGUAUUACUAUCUAAUAUGUGUAUGCUAAAAUAGCUCUUUUAAAAAAAACAGGCAGUUAGGAGCAAAUUUUAAGAAGUCUUUGGAUUCUGAUGCUAGGUCAUUUUUUAAGCUGCUCUGCAGAGAACCUGCCACAGCCACGUUUUGUAGUGUUCCCCACUGAUACCAGUUACCCUCCACUACGGACAGCGAGCGUCCCAUCAGCUCCAGUUUUCAUAUUACAGCAGUGAUUCUUACCUACGCAGAGAGAGCCAAUAAACGAUUUUUACUCAACUAACAUGAAAAGUUACUUUUUUAAGGAAAAUUAAUAAAUGAUUUAUUUAAAAACCAGCCUUUUUCAUUUUUAUAUGGCACUCUAAUGUGCUUUCUGUAACUACAGGUUUAUAAGAUCUGCCUGAGCAGUGAGAAUCAGGGUCCUUUGGGGGGUAGCCCUCUGAACCCAGACCUGUCCUGGGCCCUGAGGCUAAUGGCCCCAUGAUGCCUGAAUGCCGACCAGGUUUUCCUGAUUUGGCUUUCCUUUAACUGGUUCUCUAAAAUUUUUAAUAGUUUUCUGAAAGGAGGCAAAUAGCAGCGGUCAUUUUUUUAUGUGCAGGUUGUUACCCAUUUUCAGCCAUCGUCACGUCCUUCGGUAUGUGUACUACAAACCUCCCUGUAUGUUGGGUGAGACUGAAAGACAUUUCAAAUCUGCACCGUGGUCUGACUGGUCAGUCUUCUGUGCUCUGUGGCCUUGGCCCUUUCCUUCCUUCCAAGGGGUGCUGAGAGGCUCCAGGGCUUGCUUUUUUCAACAUUUCUACUGACAUUGGGAAAGUGGCCCCGAGAGUGACAGGUGAAAGGACACCUGGAGGGAGCAGGUGUUCGCUCCAUGUUUUCAUUUUGCUCUAACAGGAGGGGCAGAGAUGUAGAAAACGCUUCCCCUGAGGAUGGGAAGAGUUUUUGCUUGGGCCAGACAAAAUAAAGUGACGUGGUCGAAACACGUUAGUCACAGAGGCGGGCCAUAGACAAUAAUCAGGUGUUCUUGAGAACUUUAUCUUCCCACUGUUGCAUAAUGGUGACUAGUCACAAGCCUUAGGCUCAGGCACAGUUGUACAAAGUUCUUACCAAGAGAAGGUGUUAAGUGACUUUAGCACCUCCGUGCAAGGCCAGCUAUCUGGGUUAUUUUGGCAUUAAGUACACUAGUAAAAGCUGUUUAAAAGGUGGAGCUGGGGGCACAUGUACAUGUGGUGGCUGCAGGCCCCCCGUAUGUUCGGGUAGAACUGCGAGGGCCAGCUGCUACCUGAUAAGCGUUAUGCAGGGUGGGUGAACCUACACUGUCUCACUUCUACAUCCCCCUCUGUUUUGCUGCCCAAAUCUAAAUAAAUACUUUCACUUAGCGAUAACUGCUUUUACUAAGAGAUAAUCUUUACCUAUAGAAAUGUAUUUUGAAAACUUAUUUUACACAGCAAUUUUGUAUCCGUUGAAACUAACCUUUUAUCAAUAAAGCACUAUUAUUUGGCUAUUAA